AAAUUAGAGUCAACAAAAUAAACAUAAGUGAACGAAGAAAGGAGGAUAGUGUAUUUGACAGGUCAAAAAUGAUGGAGCUCGCUCUGCCCCAACGGCACCAUCACCGAUCUGUACUCCCAGCAGCAGCUCCGCCGCAGUCACGACAUUGCAAUUGCUUUUGUACUUUUCUCCGUUAUACUCGCUCUUUAUACGAUGCUCGCCUCCUCCAAUUCAGCCCAAAAACUUCGUAUUCUAACCGAGCAACUACUCUCAAACUUCACGCCACUGCUUCUCGCCACAGAAAUCGAAUGUCUGAGGGCUUACAGGUUAAGCUAGCAGCAGAAGAAGAAGACGAGAAUGAAGCAGCGAGUGAUGUUUAUAACAAAUGCAGAGCAACAUCGAAGAUAAUAUAUGGAGGAGAAGAAGAUGUAGAAGAUCAAAAGGACGACUCCGGUAUUCUUUUGUCUCUAACGCAGAAACCAGACCGCAAUCGUCAAUCGCUCGAUGACUAUGAACUCGAAGAUCUUGACUAUGCUUCUGAUAAUCCAAAUCAUAGGAGCGGAUAUGUUGCUGUCCUUGGGAAGCCUAAUGUGGGUAAAAGUACACUUUCGAACCAAAUGGUUGGGCAGAAACUCUCUAUUGUUACGGAUAAGCCUCAGACUACAAGGCAUCGCAUUCUUGGUAUAUGUUCCGGUCCUGAGUAUCAGAUGAUACUAUAUGAUACCCCUGGUGUUAUAGAGAAGAAAAUGCACAAAUUGGACUCAAUGAUGAUGAGGAAUGUCCGCAAUGCUUCUGUCAGUGCCGAUUGCAUACUUAUUGUUGUAGAUGCAUGCAAGGCUCCUGAAAAGAUUGAUGAAGUACUCCAUGAGGGUGUUGGAGGUCUACAAGAUAGGUUGCCGAUAUUGCUUGUUUUGAAUAAAAAGGACCUGAUCAAACCUGGUGAAAUUGGAAAGAAACUUGAGUGGUAUGAAAAAUUUACUUGCGCUGAUGAGGUUAUUCCUGUCAGUGCCAAAUAUGGGCAUGGUGUGGAAGACGUGAAAGAUUGGAUACUCUCAAAGCUUCCCCUUGGACCAGCUUAUUAUCCCAGGGGCAUUGCUAGUGAGCAUCCAGAAAGAUUUUUUGUUGCUGAAAUUGUGAGGGAAAAGAUCUUUAUGCAAUACAGGAAUGAAGUCCCCUAUGCAUGUCAGGUUAACGCAGUUAGCUACAAAAGUAGACCACAAGCAAAAGACUUUAUACAAGUUGAAGUUAUAGUGGAGAAGAACUCUCAAAAAGGCAUCCUUGUUGGAAAGUUCAGGAAGGAAAGGCCUUGAAGCUUCUUGCAACAGCUGCACGGCUGGAUAUAGAAGAUUUCUUGCAAAAGAAAGUUUUUCUCGAGGUAGAGGUGAAAGUUAAAGAGAAUUGGAGGCAAAAUGAAGGUCUUCUAAAACACUAUGGAUAUGGUGGGCAAAUUCAAGCCUUGUAAUGGGAUAUAUUCCGUUUGGGGAUCAAUAGCGACGGUGAUGAAGACUUCAUAAUGAGUGAAACUUGGUCUUCUGUUGACCAGGCAUACAAAUAGAACUAACCAGAGCAGUGCAUGCAGUUCAAAUUACAGGCUUGUGCAAGAACAUUGUAUGUAAAGAAUUAAUGUCAGCUUUAUUUCUGCGCUAUUGUGAUGCCUGGACCUGGGGAGCUACCACUGAUGACAGCUACAUAUUUUUCAAAAUAUGGCAACCCUAGAUCACUAGAUGCAUGGAUUGCAUUCUACUUGUAAGUUUCUCAGCCUGUUUCACUUGUCAUAUUGAUGUGGAGACGCCAUAUCUAAUAAUAUAUUUAAGGGGAAUUCUUAUUUGUUAUUAUAAUCAAUAAUAUAUGGAUCGGAAUUGUUAAGUGCAGUCUUCUCUAAUGAGACAGCUAUCUUAUAGUUUGAAUAGUUAUCGACAUUAGCAUCUGC